GCCUUAUGGCCCCCUUGCUUUCCCAGCGCGCUGGCCAAGAGAGGGACACAUCCAAGUUGCGGCGUGUACAGACUGGGCCGUUCCAUCGCCAUGGAGCAUCCCAGGAAACGGAUCCGAAUGAAGGGCCCUCCCGGCCCCAUAAGAGGCGCUGCCAGCCAGGAGCUGAAUCUGACACUGCAUGGCCUGGAUGGCUCCGAGCUCCGGCUGCGAGUGGAGGACUCUGUCACCGGCCUAGCCCUCAGCCGGCGGGUGGAAGCCGCGGCCUUUGCAUCCCCAGAGCGGCGCGGCACGCGCUUGGUACUGGUGCACCAGGAAAGACCGCUGGAGAGGAGGAAAACCUUGGCAGAGCAAGGGAUCAAGGAUGGUGCGGACAUCACCUACGUGACAAAACAGUUCAGUGUCGCGGAGGCCUGGACCGCCUUGGAGCCCAUCAUGGUGGGCAAGCCUUGUGCCGACUCCUCGCUGCUCGAGGGCUUAAAAUCCAUUGCCUUCCAUGGCGUCUCCUCCGACCAGGUGGACUUGCCCGGGAGCCUCGAGGAGUUGACCCUCAACGCCUUCGGCACCUAUUUUUUGCCCAGCGGUCUCAAGCGCUUGGCCUUCAGCGAUGAGUUCGACGAUGACCUGUUGCGGAUCUCGUUCCCGGAGACUUUGGAAAGCCUGAGCUUCGGAGAAUGCUUCAACCAACGGCUCAUCGGCAUAGCCCUGCCCCAGAACCUUCAAAGUCUGACCUUCGGCGAUGAGUUCAACCGCAGCUUGCGGGGUGUGGCUCUGCCCCGGUCUCUCCGCCAUCUUACCUUUGGUGCUGCCUAUGAUCAGAGCCUGACGGGUGUUGUGUUUCCCGAUGGCCUGGAGACUUUGAGCUUCGGGGUGUGUUUCAGCAAGAGUUUGCAGCCGGUGACCUUACCCAGCAGCUUACAGCGCCUGGACCUCGGCGAAACCUUCAAUCAGAGCCUGGAAGGCGUCAACUUCCCGGGAAAUCUUCAGCACCUGAGCUUCGGGGAGCGCUUCCGCCAGAGCUUGGACCACGUCUUUCUUCCGAGGCGCUUGGUGAGUUUGUCCUUCGGAGAGGAGUUCAACCGCUGCCUCCAGCAGGUGACGUUGCCCAGCAGUCUCGAGAGCCUCACUCUGGGGGACGCCUUCCAGCACAGCCUCGAUGGGAUCCUGCCGCCAUCGCUGACAAGCCUUACGCUCGGGGACGCCUUCGAGGCUCGCCUCAAGACAAUCACCUUUCCACCCAAGCUGCGGAGUCUCAGCGUUUGCUGUGGUGACCACCCCUGGGAGAACCUCACAUUUCCAGCGACUCUGGAACAUCUUACCAUCGAGGUGGUGGACGACUUUCUGGAGCUGAACUUGAAGAGCCUGGUUUUGCCGGAAAACCUGCAGAGUCUGACCUUGGGCAGACUCUUCAACCAGAGCCUUGCAGACCUGGCCCUGCCCUCCCGCCUGCAAAGCUUGACCUUUGGCUUUGGCUUCAACAAGAGCUUAGAGCACUUGACUCUGCCUGGCGGCCUCAAGACGCUGACUCUGAAUGACGACUUCAAUCAGUCUCUGGUCUCAUUGGCCUUCCCGCCCUGCCUUGAAAGCCUCACACUGGGCCAUGACUUUAACCAGAGCCUUCGGGGUGUCCGGCUGCCAGCAGGGCUCAAGCACCUGACCUUUGGGGAUACCUUCGACCGCAGCCUCGAGGAGGCAUCUCUUCCAACGGGCCUUGAGAGCCUCACGCUGGGGGACUCCUUUAGCUAUCCCUUGGACAAGGUGGUGCUGCCGGAGGGCCUCAAGAGCCUGAGCUUCGGUGAGAACUGGAUGCACAGCUUGGCGCGCGUGAAUUUGCCGCCCAGCCUGGAGAGCGUCACCGUGGGGGAGCACUAUCUUGAAAGUCUGGCAAUCGAAUUCCCCGCCAGCCUCAAAAGUUUGACCAUGACAGAUGUCCUUCACAUCUCCUCCUGACCCGAGAUUCGCCCAUUUGAAAGCCGACAUUGGUUGCACAGGUCCAAAGAGCGCCAAGCA